ACCUCAGGCAACUACCACAAAUACACAAAAAAUGCCUCGUGCCGCUACCCAAACAGCCACUAAAGCCGCAACGCGCACUGCCAACACGAAGACUAAGAAAGGCGACGGUGAAGGCAAGGCAAAGCGUGCACCAAGCGCCUACAACGUUUUCAUGGGUGAACAACUCAAGAUCUGGAAGGAGAAUAAUCCCGGAACGCCUAUCAAAGAAGGUAUGGCUGCUGUGGCAGCCUUGUGGCGUGAAUCUCCUCAGAACCCAAAACGUGGUCAGGCACCCGCAGAGCCGAAAGCAAAGAAGGCCAAGGCGGACAAGGAGAAUGCAAAGAAGCCCUCUUCGAAGAAGCCGAAGUCCAAAGCAUCUAAAGCAACUGACGAGGACGAGGGCGAGCAAGACGAAGAAUAAAGGGUAGAGAUUCGUCCAGCCGGGAUACCAACCCUUUACCGAUAUCCUAUUUAUUCUUCAGUCUCUACUCUCGGCUACUUCUCAUCGUCUCGGCUCAGCUCUCGGUUUUCGUAUGUCCUUUUAAUUCCACUGACUUGAUCUGGUGACAUGUCUACAAUAUGCCAUCGUAUACGCAUGUACUUCUAGUAGUAUAGAGUAUCGGCGCUCGCCAGUGCUUGUUUGUGCUUUUAGUCCAAUAGACGCGCACAGUGCUCUUCAA